GCAAUUUGUCAAGAUUUAAUCAGUGAGACCAAAUUAGAAAUGUAACAAAAAUUCGGAGCCAAAAUAGAUGCAGCUGGAAGUACAUGGACCAAAUUGAUAGACAUCAACUCCAUUGUCUUUCAUGCAUCUGGUUAAGGUAAUGUAAAAGCAAUCUGCUUCUGCGUCGGUAGGGGAUAAACAACAGCAAAAGCAAAGCAAUCAACAGAGAAGUAAUCAGCAAUUCAGCGAAGAUAAAAGAAUCCGAUAAGCUUUCAAUUGUUUUUCCACAGCAGAGAAGCAAUUACUCCACUGGAUUUUUCAAAAUUCGAUUGCAGCAGCCAGCAUUUCCGUUGAUCCACCAAAAAUUCAACCUUGGGCGAUGAACAACAGCAUUUCCGUUUAUCCCGUAAUAAAUUCUUAACUUUGAGCCGAAACGAACAAAAAUACACACUUUUAUGCCGAUUUACCGAUUCAAGAUAUAGAAAUUCCUCAACUAACUACUAAUAUUGUAUCUGAAUCGACACCGUCAACAAGAAUAAUGCCGAAUGUGUUGACGAGAAUUGGAGUUGCAAUGGGUCCUUGGUUUCACAGAAAGAUUGUUGAUCCCCUUCUUCAAAUCCUCCGCAGGGGUGCAGAGCCGAAGCAAUUGUCCUUUUCUGCUGCUCUUGGCAUCAGCUUAGGAGUAUUUCCUAUAUGUGGGGUCACUGUCUUUCUAUGUGCGAUGGCUAUUGCAGUGCUUGGAUCUCGUUGUCAUGCUCCAACUGUGAUGCUUGCCAACUUUAUUGCUACUCCUAUAGAAUUAAGUCUGGUGGUCCCCUUCUUACGUCUUGGUGAAGUUAUUUCUGGUGGACCUCAUUUUCCAUUGACUUCUGAUGCUUUAAAGAAGGUGUUGACGGGUCAAGCUUCACGGGAAAUCCUAUAUAGCAUUUUGAAUGCGUUGUUGGGUUGGCUUGUUGCAGCACCGUUUAUCUUGGGUGUGCUGCAUCUAUUGUUAUUGCCGUGCUGUAAGAUCCUUGUUUGCAAGUUCAGCACCGCUCCAUCCAGUCCCAAAAAGCCACUUAGUGCCCAAAUUGUUCGCAAGUUGAGCAGUGCUCCGUCAAGCCCAAACAAGGCACUUAGUUCCCACACGGAAGUGAGGCUUAAGGUAAGGGACGUUUGAUCAACUUGUAAUAACCUGUUGUACAAUUGUUUGGUAUCUCAUCUGAUUUGCUCCUACCACAAGGCUGCUUGUGUAUAUGGAACUUGAAUUGUUAGAUUCUGUGUGUAUAUGCAUUGAGCUUCAAGCCAGGAGAUUGAUUUUUUCCUCGGAUGAUGCAUGAUUUUUGUUGCCAAA